GUGAGUCCAAGGUCACAGCUGGUUUCUGAGGACAGGCGGGUUUAGUAAUCCAAGUGAGAAGCCUGUCAAUAAAAAUGAAGAGAGCUGUCAAGAUCGGAACGGACGUCAUAAAACUCAGCAAAUCUAAAUCAGAAAUUGUUAAAGUACAGCGCUGCUGUAUGUGUACUUGCCUAAAACAGUGUAGAAAAAAACUUCUUCAAGUUCAGCAACAACAAAAUGCCUUACCAGUACAAACAAUGGUGCAUCUACCCGACCUGAACCCAUUCAGUAGGAACAGAAAAGAGGAAUACUCUGAAAGGAGAAUUUUAGGUUUUAGCAUGGAGCAAAUGUUUGAGGUGGUAGCUGAUGUGGAGAAUUACACACAGUUUGUGCCGUGGUGUACCAAGGCACAGGUGACAGCCAGAAGACCAGGCUCCUUUAAAUGUAAACUACAAGUUGGAUUUGGGCCUCUCUUGGAGAGCUAUACGUCAGUUGUCACAGCAACAAGGCCACAUUUAGUACGGUCCGUGUGCACGGAUGGUCGACUGUUUAACAAUCUAGACACAACAUGGCGCUUUAGUCCUGGUAUCCCAGGGCAACCGCAGACAUGCAUGUUGGAUUUCUCUGUUUCCUUCGAGUUCCGGUCUGCUCUCCAUGCAAAGAUGGCGCAUAUGUUUUUUGAUGAAGUCACUAAAACCAUGGUGAACGCUUUUUUAAAAAGAGCACAGAAACUUUAUGGACCUCCAACGGUCAUCAGGCCCAAAACUGUGGUCAAAAGUAAUCCAACAUCUUGACGCCGAACAGAAAGAACCCAUAAAAUUUUAGUCAAAUUUUAUUUAUUAUGAUAUAAAAUAUCAUUGAAGGAUUAUUGUAUAGAAUCUGUAAUAAACAAUUCUUUUUUAUGUAUGGACUUUUCAGUCUGAUUGAAAUUCAUGUCAAAAUGUACUGUAAUAAUUCCUAUGUGACUUCAAUUUUUUAAAAUUAAUUUGAAGAGUCAAGAUGUAUCCCAGAACUUAUAAACAGUUGGUCAAAUCCCCAAGGGUUGUGCACUGUACAUGUACUCCAGUUUGUUUCAUCUUCCUAGAAACGUAGCCUAUUUAAAUUGUUACGUGUAGUUGAAAAUUUUCUUAAUUAAAAUAAUGUAAUGAAGCCAAUUAGCAGAAUUCUGUCUUUUAUUUAACACCCAUCCUCCCAAGACUUGCACAAAGAAAGAAGUGGUCAGUUCUGGGCCAUCGUUCUUCACUCUACUGGCUGCCUCUAGAGGACAUCAUCUCCAAACCAAACGAUAUUCCUCCUUCGAUAUU